UUCAAAAAAAAAAAAAAACAGUAAUGUUAAUAGCAGAAUUGAUCCAAUUUCCAAAUCAAACCAAAAAAACAAACACAUCAAGUUGUCGUAACAGUAACUACCAGCUAGCAUAGUCAAACACUCUGUCUCUCUAUAUCUCUUUGUAUUCAUUCAUUCGAUCUCCACCUUCAUUUUAUGGUCAACGCCUUGUAAAUUUUUCUGGGUUUUGCAAAUUCUUUAAUGGGUCGUAAAAACUUUGAACCAAACGCUACUUUAUUAAACCGGUUGAUUCUUCUUUUGGUGUGUUUGGGUUCUUGUGGUUUGGUUUAUGUUUUUCUCUCUGUGAUAACUAGAAGUGGUUCUGUUUCUGAGUUUAGAAUUGGGUCAACGUCAUCUUUGGAUUUGGUUGGUGAGAAGAAUGUUGUUGGUGGGUGUUGUAGAGGGAUUGAAAAUUUGGAACUUUGGGGUUCAGCUGUGAAAUGGGGUUCUGAUUUCAAAUUCAAUACUUCUGAAGGUUGUUGUAAUGCUUGUAAAUCUAUGUGUACUGGAAAAGAUGGUCCUUGUCUUUGUGAUACUUGGGUGUUUUGUGGUAAUCGUCAAGCUUGUGGCUCAAAAUUCGGCGAGUGUUGGUUGAAGAAACAAAAGGACAGCUUAGCUCCUGAGCGGCAAGAAGAAGCACCUCUUGGGGAGACAAUUAGUUGGACUUCUGGUCUCAUCUUUGGAAAAGGCGAGGGUAUUAUUGGAUUGGAAACUGAACACGGAACUCUUCAUAUAAAACUUUUCCCUGACUGUGCUCCACACACAGUUGCCUAUAUUCUAGAGUUGUUGCCUAUGCGCCAUUGUGCAGGCUGUCAAUUUUACCGUGCAGAGAGUCGAGGUCAAUCAUGGGAUUCAGAAGGAAACCACAUAAAAAAUGCUGGUUUUGGUCCCCCAUUUGCAUUAAUUCAAGGGACAUUAGAAGCACAAGGCACACCAUUCAAUAAACUUCCUUUGGAAGACUGUCCAAUCUUAAGAAGAGGCUCAGUUGCUUUGAUUGGUUCUGGUCCAGAAUUCUUUAUUAGCCUAGCUGAUCAUUCAGAGUGGAAACAAGAAUACACUGUCUUCGGUUCUGUUCUUCCGGAAGACAUGAAUGUUGCCGAGAAAAUUGCUGCACUCCCCACAUUACCUGAUGUUUGGAACAAUGUUAACGUCACCGUUUUGGAAAAACCUGUUCCUUUCUUGUUCAGAAGAAUCAAUAAAAACAGCCAAGAUUGAAAAUUUGUAACAAUGUGUUGGUUGGUUCAUGUAGGUUUCAAUUCUUUUUGGUUCCAAAGCUUAUACGCAUUUUCAAUCUGUUGAUAAAACGUUUGUUGUGUAAUUUCUUCAUGUUUUCUUUGUUACUUUUUUGGUAUAAACAUUUAUUUAACAUUUGCUGUAA